AUGCAACCUAUGGUCAUGCAGGGAUGCCCUUACACCCUCCCACGAUGUCAUGAGUGGCGGGCAGCUGAACACUUCCAUCACAGCAGCAGCCUCCGAAGCACCUGCCCCCAGCCUCAGGUUAGAGUUGCUGCCCCCACCCCUGUGCCUCCUCACGAUGGUGCUGGGGUGCCCUACCUAAGCCCAAAGCUAUUCAACGGGCCUGUUGGUGCCGCUGGACCCCUGGAACCACCAGCCAUGAAUCUGUGUUGGAAUGAAAUCAAAAAGAAGUCGCACAGCCUCCGCGCCCGCCUAGAGGCCUUCUCAGAUCACAGUGGAAAGCUUCAGCUCCCUCUCCAAGAGAUUAUUGACUGGCUCAGCCAAAAGGAUGAGGAACUGUCAGCUCAGCUGCCCCUACAAGGGGAUGUGGCCCUGGUGCAACAGGAGAAGGAGACGCACGCGGCCUUUAUGGAAGAUGUCAAGUCUCGGGGCCCCUAUAUCUACUCUGUGUUGGAGUCAGCUCAGGCCUUCCUGUCCCAGCACCCAUUUGAUGAGUUAGAGGAGCCUCACUCUGAGAGCAAAGAUACCUCUCCCAGACAGCGGAUCCAGAAUCUUAGCCGCUUUGUGUGGAAGCAGGCAACAGUGGCCAGUGAACUAUGGGAGAAGCUGACAGCCCGCUGCGUGGACCAGCACCGCCACAUUGAGCGCACUCUGGAGCAGCUGUUGGAGAUCCAAGGGGCAAUGGAGGAAUUAAGCGCAACUCUAACUCAGGCCGAGGGAGUCCGAGCCACUUGGGAGCCCAUUGGGGAUCUCUUCAUUGAUUCACUUCCUGAGCACAUCCAGGCUCUUAAGCUAUUCAAAGAAGAAUUCUUCCCCAUGAAAGAUGGAGUGAAGUUGGUGAAUGAUCUGGCCCAUCAACUUGCCAUUUCUGAUGUGCACUUGUCAAUGGAGAACUCCCGGGCCCUGGAGCAGAUCAACAUCCGGUGGAAACAGCUACAGGUGUCAGUUGGUGAGAGACUUAAGCAGCUCCAGGAUGCCCACCGGGACUUUGGGCCUGGGUCACAGCACUUCCUCUCCUCCUCUGUUCAGGUUCCUUGGGAAAGAGCAAUUUCACCCAAUAAAGUUCCCUACUAUAUCAACCACCAGGCUCAGACCACAUGCUGGGACCAUCCCAAGAUGACUGAGUUAUACCAAACCCUAGCUGAUCUGAACAACAUUAAGUUCUCAGCUUACCGCACUGCCAUGAAGCUACGCAGAGUCCAGAAGGCACUGCGUCUGGACCUGGUAACUUUAACCACAGCCCUGGAGAUCUUCAAUGAGCAUGAUCUGCAGGCCAGUGAACAUGUAAUGGAUGUGGUGGAGGUCAUUCACUGCCUGACUGCCUUAUAUGAACGGCUGGAGGAGGAAAGAGGCAUCCUGGUCAAUGUGCCACUCUGUGUGGACAUGAGCCUCAACUGGCUCCUCAAUGUUUUUGAUAGUGGUCGCAGUGGAAAGAUGCGGGCAUUGUCCUUUAAGACUGGCAUUGCAUGCCUGUGUGGCACAGAAGUGAAGGAAAAACUGCAGUACCUCUUCAGCCAAGUGGCCAACGCAGGCAGCCAGUGUGACCAACGCCACCUUGGUGUCCUGCUUCAUGAGGCCAUUCAGGUGCCCCGUCAGCUGGGGGAAGUGGCGGCCUUUGGGGGCAGCAACGUGGAGCCCAGCGUCCGUAGUUGCUUCCGUUUUAGCACUGGGAAGCCAGUCAUUGAAGCUGCACAGUUCCUGGAAUGGGUCAACUUGGAGCCCCAGUCCAUGGUGUGGCUGGCUGUUCUGCAUCGGGUCACCAUUGCUGAACAAGUGAAGCAUCAGACCAAGUGCUCUAUCUGUAGGCAGUGCCCCAUCAAAGGCUUCAGGUAUCGGAGUCUGAAACAAUUUAACGUGGACAUCUGCCAGACCUGCUUCCUGACAGGCAGGGCCAGCAAGGGCAACAAGCUUCAUUAUCCCAUCAUGGAGUAUUACACCCCGACCACAUCCAGUGAGAACAUGAGGGACUUUGCCACUACCUUAAAGAACAAAUUCCGCUCAAAGCAUUAUUUCAGCAAACACCCUCAGCGAGGUUAUCUGCCUGUGCAAUCAGUGCUGGAGGCCGACUACAGUGAGACGCCAGCUUCGUCCCCGGUGUUGCCACACGCUGACACACACUCCCGCAUUGAGCAUUUUGCCAGCAGGCUUGCUGAGAUGGAAAGUCAAAAUUGCCCCUUCUUUAAUGACAGCUUGUCCCCAGACGACAGCAUAGACGAGGACCAGUACUUGCUGCGGCACUCCAGCCCCAUUACAGACCGGGAGCCAGCCUUUGGACAGCAGGCUCCGUGCAGCAUGGCCACUGAAAGCAAAGGGGAGCUCGAAAAGAUCCUGGCCCACUUAGAGGAUGAGAACCGGAUUCUCCAGGGGGAGCUGAGGCGCCUGAAGUGGCAGCAUGAGGAGGCUGCUGAGGCACCCACCCUGGCUGAGGGCUCUGCCGAGGUGGCACAGGACCACCGCAAUGAGGAGCUGCUGGCUGAGGCUCGGAUCCUUCGGCAGCACAAGAGCCGCCUGGAGACACGCAUGCAGAUUCUUGAAGACCACAACAAGCAACUCGAGUCCCAGCUGCAGCGCUUAAGGGAGCUGCUCCUGCAACCACAUACUGAAUCGGAUGGCAAUGGCUCCGCAGGCUCGUCCCUGGCUUCCUCUCCACAGCAGUCAGAAGGCAGUCACCCCCAGGAGAAAGGACAGACUACUCCAGACACUCAAGCUGCAGAUGAUGUGGGGUCAAAGAGCCAAGAUGUCAGCCUGUGCUUGGAAGACAUUAUGGAGAAGCUCCGCCGUGCCUUCCCCAGUGUGCGAAGUUCUGAUGUGACUACCAACACUCUGCUGGCCUCCUGA